AUUCGUAACUAUCAGGUACGAACGCGAAUACGACACGAAUACGAAUUCAAAAUCUCUCCAGAUUUUCUGUCAAACUCGGAGCUCCUUCUUCCGAGAGCGCUCGAGCCAGCAUAGACUGUGCCGAGGUACAGAGUGCCGGAGCCAUGUCCGAUACCGUUGUUCGUUGUUAACACCCCCCACAAGACCCAGGAAGCCAUCCGGCGAAACCCUCGGAGAACGCACCCAAGCAACAGUUCACUUGUGGGGUUAGCUGGUAACGUGCCUUCCAGAGCAUGAUGGAUAUGGCAUGACUUAUAAAAGUGUGACGCCUGUGCCACGACCAUGUUGACGACUCAUUCUCCUCAUCCCGGCACUAAACAACGAUUGCAACUGCCAUGACUGCAAGAAAAGAUAUCUCAGGGUUGAUAACCCAAAUGACUCUUGAUCAAAAGAUCAGCCUGUUAGCAGGCAAGAACUUUUGGGAAACACAAGAGAUACCCGAACUUGGAAUACCAUCUUUAAAGUUAUCCGACGGACCCAAUGGUGCUCGCGGUGCGGCUUUCUCUGGUGGGACCACGGCUGCAUGCUUUCCAGCUUCAAUUUCCCUAGCCGCAACCUUUGACCUUGAGCUUGCAUACAAAGUUGGCAAGGCCCUGGCCGAGGAGACUUUGACUAAAGGAGCAAAUGUGCUUCUCGGUCCAACCGUUUGCCCUCACCGGCACCCCCUCGGUGGCCGCAACUUCGAGUCUUUUUCGGAAGACCCCCUCCUCACUGGCAGACUUGCAUCCCAGUACAUCUGUGGCCUUCAAGAUCAAGGUGUUGGUGCCACGAUCAAGCAUUUCGCCGUCAACGAACAAGAGACUAAGCGCUUCACGAUGGAUGCCAACGUUAGCGAGAAGGCACUGCGGGAGAUAUAUCUGAAGCCUUUCGAGAUUGCCAUUAAAGAAGCCAAACCAUGGGCAUUGAUGACGAGCUACAAUUCUAUCAAUGGUAAACACGCGGAUGCGAAUGAUGUCCUUCUCCAGAAGAUCUUGAGAGAAGAAUGGGGUUGGAGAGGCCUCUGCAUGUCUGACUGGGGAGGUACCAACUCAACGGCUGAAUCGUUGAACGCUGGACUUGCAUUAGAAAUGCCCGGCACUGGAAGAUACUAUUCGCAACGUGCAAUCCAAGGCGCGCUCGCAAGUGGGAAGCUCAGCGAAGAGGUCAUUGAUCAGCGCGUGACGGAAGUGCUAAACUUGAUCUCAGUCACGGGGAAAUUCGAACAUCCAGAAAUCAUCGCCGAAUGCGCAGUCGUCAAUCCUGAACAUUCUAGACUUAUCCGAGAGGCUGGCGCGCAAGGCAUUGUGCUUCUCAAGAACCAAGACGGCAUCCUCCCGCUGCAUCCCAAAAGCAUCAAGAAGAUAGCAGUCCUUGGGUUGGCGAAACAAUGCCUAGCGCACGGAGGUGGCUCUGCUUCUGUCAAUGCGCAUUACAAGAUCACGCCUUAUGACGCGCUUGAGAAGACGCUCGGCACCGCGACGAAACUCCUGUAUGCGGAAGGAGCACACAUGCAUCGAACUCUGCCAGUGCUUGCCGAAAAUCUGGCUGACCUCCAAGGCACCGCUGGCUUGACACUGACCAAAUACAGCUUGGAUAACCCCGAGAAGGUUGAUGCAGUCAGUACUGUACAAACUAGCCGGUACAUGAGUUUAGGACAAGCACCGUCUAGCAAAGUCAUUAUCGAAGGCACCUUCACGACCAAAGAGACCGGUCAUCAUCAGCUUGAGUUGAGUUCAAUCGGCGUUGCAACGCUCUGCAUCAAUGGAGAGCUCAUCAUGAGUGCCCAUGGUGGUACAGCUGACCCAGUAGCCUUUCUUCAAGGGAAUUCCGAAGGACAAAGAUGUUUCUUUGACUUCAAACAAGGCGAAUCUUGUGCGAUCAAAAUUGAAUUGAAGCCGGAGGCGAACAAGUCUGGCCUGUUGUUACUGAACGGCGCCAUGGGAGUAUCUCUCGGCAUGAUGGAGCAGUCAAUGGCUGAAAGAGACCUUCUCACGCCAGCUGUAGAGGCUGCUAAAGAUGCAGAGACUGCCAUAAUCUUUGUCGGCAACACGACUGCUUGGGAAUCUGAAGGUCGCGACAUGAAAACCAUGAAUCUACCUGCAGACGGCUCUCAAGACAGGCUCAUAGACGCCGUGGCUGAUGUCAAUCCGAACACAAUCGUCGUCGUGUCGACCGGAGUACCGAUAGCGAUGCCUUGGUUGUCCAAAGUCAAGGCUGUUGUGCAGACAUGGUUUCCAGGUCAGGAAGCUGGCAAUGCGAUUGUCGAUGUCCUUACAGGUAUGGUCAAUCCCAGCGGACGUCUUCCAGUCACCUUUCCUCGCAGGCUUGAAGAUACACCUGCAUAUGAAAACUUCCCGGGGAAUAUGGAUACCUUGCAAGUCGACUAUGCGGAAGGCAGCUUCAUUGGCUACCGCCAUUAUGAUCAUCACCCCGUGACUGUGCUAUUCCCUUUCGGAUACGGUCUUUCGUACACCACCUUCGAGCACAGCAACGCUCAUCUUGCUUGUGGCACAGAUGCGGUAUAUAGUGGCUCGGCUUCGGAGUUCAUUGCUUCCAUCGAUGUAAAGAACACUGGGGAUUCCAGCGGUAGCGAAGUGUUACAAGUCUUCGUCACACCUCCGGCAUCUUUGACCAAUUCAAGGACACAGCGAAAGCUUGUCGGUUUCGCAAAACUGCAUCUAGAGGCUGGUGAGGCCGGCUCUGCGUCUAUCGCAUUCACGCGCAAUGAGUUCUCUGAAUGGGAUGAAGGUAGCUCAAGAUGGACUGUUCCGGGCGGCGAGCAUGUUGUUGAGAUUGCGAUUUCGGCAAGCAAAGCGGACGUAAAGGCAUCGUUCAAGAUUUUGACUGAUCGAGAAGAUCUGACGAGCAAAUUAUAAUCACCAACAAGAAGGCAUGGUCAAGGAUUUCCGCGUCGUAUCUGAUCCUGAUGGGGCAACCUUGUCUAAGAAUAAUCACAAUACUGGUCACGGAUUAAAACUGUUUUUCGUCUCUCGC